GUUUUGCGCUUGCGCAGAAGUCGGGCCGGAGGAACCCAGGUUUUCGCCAUUGCUAGAGUCUGUGCUCACGAUAAUUAAGCAAAAGAAAGAUGAGCUUCAUCUAUGGACUGCAGUCUGCUACUAGAAACUGUUUUCUCUCCCAAUUUAAUUCACUGACCAACUGGAGAAAAUGGAAUUCACCAGCAGUAGCUUUAGUGGGCUGUUGUCAAGUACAAAAUCUCCAAAUAAUUAAGAAGUGUCAGGGUCUUAAAUCAUUCAGUCAGUGUGACCUGUCAACUUUUCUCCCUGGAAACUUUCAUUUCUGUAGGACUUUCAGUAACAAAAGAAUAGGAUACAUCUCAAGUGCCAAAAGUAAGGAAAUUUGGAUGGUUACUCACAAAGGUACUGCAUGGAAUGACUCUUUUCCAAGAUGGGUGCUUACAAAAAAAGUUGCAGUUGAUCCUGCUCUUGGAGCCUUGUGUCCACUGAGCUGUUCCUCUGUCAGAGUUGGCAGGAGCUUCCACACUUCUUCACGGGUUCAAACUGCUCCAGUUCCUCUCUUCUUGAUCAUUCUGAAACCAGUGCAGAAGCUACUUGCAAUUAUUGUGGGCAGGGGCAUAAGGAAAUGGUGGCAGGCACUUCCUCCUAACAAGAAGGAACUAUUUAAAGAGAGUGUCAGGAGGAAUAAAUGGAAGUUAUUCCUUGGUUUCACUGGCUUUGGAUUGCUAUUUGUAGUGUUUUAUUUUACUCACUUGGAAGUGAGCCCAAUCACAGGAAGAAGCAAGCUAUUAUUAUUGGGGAAAGAGCAUUUCAAACUUCUGUCAGAACUGGAAUAUGAAGCAUGGAUGGAAGAAUUUAAGAAUGAUAUGCUAACUGAGAAAGACCCUCGAUAUCUGACUGUUAAAGAAGUGGUACAUCAUCUAAUUGAAUGUAAUAAGGAUAUCCCAGGGAUCUCUGAGCUCAAUUGGGUUAUUCAUGUGGUUGAUUCUCCAGAUAUAAAUGCCUUUGUGCUACCAAAUGGACAAGUUUUUAUUUUCACGGGCCUCUUAAAUAGUGUAACUGAUACGCAUCAACUUUCCUUCCUUCUGGGUCAUGAAAUAGCACAUGCAGUACUUGGGCAUGCUGCGGAAAAGGCUAGCUUGGUUCAUUUACUGGAUUUCCUUGGUAUGAUUUUUCUCACAAUGAUUUGGGCCAUUUGUCCACGAGAUAGUUUGGCAAUUUUGGGCCAGUGGAUACAGUCUAAACUGCAGGAGUAUAUGUUUGAUAGACCAUACAGUAGAGCACUGGAAGCUGAAGCUGAUCAAAUUGGACUACAGUUUGCUGCAAAGGCUUGUGUGGAUGUAAGAGCCAGUUCAGUGUUUUGGCAGCAGAUGGAGUUUGCAGAUAGCCUCCAAGGUCAUCCCAAGUUACCGGAAUGGUUAUCUACACAUCCUUCUCAUGAAAACCGAGCUGAACAAUUGGAUAGGCUCAUACCACAGGCUCUCAAAAUUCGAGAGAUCUGUAAUUGCCCACCGCUUUCUGGACCAGACCCUCGAUUGCUAUUCAAACUCAGCAUGAAGCAUUUUCUUGAAGAAUCAGAAAAAGAGGACCUAAAUAUCACUGUUAAGAAACAGAAAAUGGAUACUCUUCCAAUCCAAAAACAGGAGCAAAUACCAUUAACAUAUAUAGUUGAGAAAAGAACUGGCAGUUGAAUUAAAAUUUAUGAGACUAAGGACAUGUGAAGAAUACAGCAAUCCUUAUUUUUGUGCUAUUUUUUAAGAAAUGAUGUUCAAAAUGAAAAAAAAARAAUAUCCAGGGUCAAAUCAUGUAUAUUACAGAUAUUAUCUAAAUUCAUCUAUGAGGUAUUUAUUUUUCAUAAAAUAAUGAUGUAUUUUAAAAUAUCUUUAAGGAGAAAAAUGUCACAGAAUAAAUUUAUAUUACACGUCUUGCUUUCUUAUACUUGCCUUUGAUUUGAAAGUCAGACCCCUAGAGGAUAAGAAAUCUGAAUGUGUAAUAGUUGUUAUAGGAUUUCAGCCUAAACUGGAUUCCAAAGUCUGGAUGAUCAUGAUGAACUGGGAAUUGGACGUCUGAAGGUAUCUGUUUGCAGGAAAUGGUUUGCAUUGGUGGGGAAAGUGGAGAUUAUUGGACAUGAGGACCUUGGGAUAAAAAAUUUCCUGGUYUUCACCUAUGAAUGGGAUGAAAGGGAAACAGUCACAGGCUGAUGCUGAAGAAGCCCUUUUAGUAGAGAAGCACAAGAAGUGCUGGUUUUGGUCUAGGCAAAGUAGAAACAACAAAGGGAGGAAGGAAGGUUCAUUUUCAUGUUGUCACAGCAUAUUUGGUAAAGUCAUGUUAUUUUGGGUUCUCAGCAGUAUUACAGUUUGGAAAUCUCUGGGGUUCUCAGAGAAGACAACCACUCUGUUCUCAUUGAGGAUACCACUAGGAGAAGGAAUGAGAUGCUGUCCCCAUGUUCAUCUCCUGCCUACCAGACAUCAACAACAGUGCUGGAGGAGGAAGAUGAGAAAAGAAGCACAAAUCCCCAGUGAUGCUCAGAAAUUAUGGYAUUAUAUA